GUCCUGCUACACCCAAAAACUAGCCCAAGAGGUGAGAGACUCCCCCACUUUUAUAUUGGUUCAACUCUCCCUCCACAAUCAAUGUGGGACUAAUCCCAACAACUAUCACACUACACUACAAAGCCUUUAUUCUAAUCAAAUAAAAGGCUGCUGCAUAAUUCAACGCGGAGAAGCCGGUCAGGACGUACGGAAGCCCAACAAAGCUCAAUGCAAAGAGCACACUGCACUACCGGAAGGAACACAGGCUGGGCUGGGGACAGAGACACUGGAGUUUGGGUUCGGCAACGUGCUAGAGAUCAUGCCCUGUUCUGUUCAGACUUCAUACAUGAGAGUAUCUGCAACCUGCCGGCCUCGUUGAGCAAGUGAGGGCAGGUGCGGGGUCAACCAAUGCCGAGGCGAGGUUUAGUUGAUGUUCUUCAGGACGAUCCGUUGUCAAAGCCACCUAAAUCACCACCUUUGUUUGCUCAGCAUGAUUGACUGAACGAUCGAGCUGUUGGUUUGAUUGGGCGCAGGAGCUCCAGGCUGCAGCUCAUCCCAAUGGAAACCCUUUGCAUAUAUAGCAAGGUCUGACCAGUGGUGCCAGCCAUCUCAUCCCGAGCAAACAACCAGAGCAGCAAGGCACGCUCGCAUCUGCAAGCAAGAAUCAGAACCUAGCCCAAUUGGUUGCGCCAGGACCUAAUCGAUCCAAGGCGAUGACGAAGGACGUGGUGGUCGAGCACGGGGAGAGCUCCAAGGCGCCCCUGGUGGCGCCGGUGGCGUCGGGCGUCGGCCGCGCCGCGUCCGUCGCCGACGUCUUCCUCCGGUUCCUCGCCAUCGUCGGCACCAUCGGCAGCGCCAUCGCCAUGGGCACCACCAACGAGACGCUCCCCUUCUUCACGCAGUUCAUCCAGUUCGAGGCCAAGUACAGCGACCUGCCGUCCUUCACGUUCUUCGUGGCGGCGAACGCGGUGGUGUGCACGUACCUGGUGCUGUCCAUCCCGCUCUCCAUCGUGCACAUCGUCAGGCCCAGGGCGCGAUACAGCCGCCUGGUCCUCGUCUUCUUCGACGCGGUGAUGCUGACCCUGCUGACGGCCGGCGCGUCGGCGGCGGCGGCGAUCGUGUACCUGGCGCACAAGGGCAACGUGCGGGCCAACUGGUUCGCCAUCUGCCAGCAGUUCGACUCCUUCUGCGAGCGCAUCUCGGGCUCCCUCAUCGGCUCCUUCGCCGCCAUGGUCCUGCUCAUAAUGCUCAUCCUCCUCUCCGCCUUCGCGCUCGCCAGGCGCCACUGAUCCACCGAGCACCGCGCAUCAGCAGGGGCCAUCCCUAUGAAGAUGAAGGGCCCGGGCUCGAUCUAUUCUCUUUUCCAGCCCGGCCUGGUCGAUUUGAUCGUGCAGUGCAUGCACCAAUACUAAGGCACGCAUCUGCUUCUCUUGUGUGGUUUAUUUUCCACAACAGUUGUUCUUCGUUUGCUCCUUGCUGGUCUGAAUUGCUAGCUCUCUAUGUAUGUAAUCUGUUCCUCCGGUUCGAAAAUGUGAUGAUGAUGCCCGAUAAGAAAAAGAGAUUUGUGAA